AUGGAGGACGCUACUAUACAUGCCACAAAAGCACAGGACAAGACGGUGGAAUUGGAUGUGCAAUUCAUUAACCCCUAUAAAGGUCGUGGGGUGUUUGCCAAAUGCCAAUUUGGAAAGGGUGACUUCGUGGUUGAGUACAGAGGAGAUUUAAUAACUUGGGAAGAAUCACAAAGAAGGAGGAGGACUUACCACAGAGCGAGUGCCGUUUUUCUUUAUGAGUUCUACUGGAAGGAAAAAAUAUGGUGUAUUGAUGCAUCCCGAGAAGAUGGUAGCCUUGGACGACUCGUCAAUGAUGACCACAGGCACCCAAACUGCAAAAUGAAGAGGGUCAUAAUAGAGGGCAAACCACACCUUUUCCUCUUUGCAUUGAGGGAAAUUCAUCCAGGACAAGAAAUCACAUAUGACUAUGGGGGAAAAGAUUGGCCAUGGAGAAAACAGACACUAGAACAAAGUGAUGCUGACGUUGAGUCAUCUGACAGUGCAGUCUUCUCUGCUGUUCUGGAAACUUCAGAGAGGCCCUCAACUUCCACCAUGAAGACACAAGAACAAACAAUUGAUGCUGACGUUGAGUCAUCUGACAGUGCAGUCUUCUCUGCUGUUCUGGAAACUUCAGAGAGGCCCUCAACUUCCACCAUGAAGACACAAGAACAAACAAUUGAUGCUGACGUUGAGUCAUCUGACAGUGCAGUCUUCUCUGCUGUUCUGGAAACUUCAGAGAGGCCCUCAACUUCCACCAUGAAGACACAAGAACAAACAAUUGAUGCUGACGUUGAGUCAUCUGACAGUGCAGUCUUCUCUGCUGUUCUGGAAACUUCAGAGAGGCCCUCAACUUCCACCAUGAAGGGCUUGAAUAAACCAGAACGUGUUUGUUCAUCAGUUGGAUUAAUUCCUUCCCUUGUUGACUACUCCGACUCUGACUCUGACUCUCAGGACCUAUGCACCAGUCCUGCCCAACAAAUAGAAAGCAGCAAGACUCAGAGUCUGGUUUCUGAUUCUGAUCUCAUACUCACCGACCAGGAGUCUAUUCCGCGGUUGAGGAGAACCAAGAGCAUACAGAUAAAAGAUAGGAUUGAAUUUGAUUCAGAUGACCUUUUUGAUCCCAUCUCUGACAACAGUGGAAGUGGAGAAGAAUACAUUCCUAAGAGUUGUGAGGAUUCUUCUGAAGAUACAGAUGAAUUCAAGGGCAAGUCCCUGGAUGAUAUCAACGUUGAUCCUGAAGAUACUGUAAACUUUGACAGUGACCAAGAGGGUGACCAAGAAGGUGACCUUGAAGACUCACUGGAGCAUGGGGACACAACGAAGGAAGCAGAUUUGAAUACAUCACAGGAGGCGGACACAGAUGUGAAUGCAUCACAGGACACGGUGACAUCAACACAGGGCUCAGCUGACAAACGCAAACAUACAAUGCGACUGAAAGGAUCAAAAGGGCGGCAACCAAGCAUAAAAAAGAAGUGGGAAGAGCAUGAGAUCGCUGCAGUGGAAAGGCACAUGAUGUCUUUCAUCACAUCUUGCCGAGUUCCUGGGAAAAGUGAUUCACCAGUAUCUGACCGGAUGAGUGAAGACGUGAGCAGGAGCUACACAUGUACUUACCGUGACAGAUGGCAGGUCGAUGCUCUGCUGAGGAGCCGCUUCGAGAGCCGCCAUGAUCCGAGCGAGGCCCUGAUCUCAUGGAUUUCAAACGCACCAGAGACAAACCAAUCGCUUCUGUGUUUACGAGUGCUUUUCCUGCAGGAAGUGGCAGCUGUAACAACCACGGUCUGUCGGAUUCACGAGAAAGAGACGCAGUGA